AAGAAAGAAUUCAAAAUCUCUCCCUAAGUCCUUAGGGCUUCCUUCUCACGCACACUUCCUUCUCUCUAUAAAUCCAUUCCUUCUCUCCUCAAUUUUGCUGCAACUCCCCCUCCUCUCACAGAGAAUCUAUAUUUCCUUUCUUUGAUUUUAAGGUUUCUGACCAGGAUUGAAGAUGUAUGUGGUCAAGAGAGAUGGUCGCCAGGAGGCUGUGCAUUUUGACAAGAUCACCGCUCGUUUGAAGAAACUCAGUUACGGGCUUAGCAUCGAGCACUGCGAUCCGGUUCUCGUGUCUCAGAAGGUCUGUGCUGGAGUCUACAAGGGUGUCACUACGAGUCAGCUUGAUGAAUUGGCUGCCGAGACCGCUGCUGCCAUGACCGCUAAUCAUCCUGAUUAUGCGUCGCUUGCUGCUAGAAUUGUUGUCUCAAAUCUGCACAAGAACACAAAGAAAUCGUUUUCAGAGACGAUCAGGAUCAUGUACAACCAUUUCAAUGAGAAAUCUGGACUGAAGGCUCCCCUUAUUGCUGAUGAUAUUUAUGAAAUAAUCAUGAAGAAUGCUGCACGCUUGGAUAGUGAAAUCAUAUAUGACAGAGACUUCGACUAUGAUUACUUUGGUUUCAAAACCCUCGAAAGAUCGUAUCUAUUGAAGGUUCAGGGAAAGGUUGUAGAGAGGCCACAACACAUGUUGAUGAGGGUUACUGUUGGGAUCCACAAAGAUGAUAUUGAAUCUGCCAUUAAAACAUACCAUUUGAUGUCUCAACGUUGGUUCACCCAUGCUUCACCCACUCUCUUCAAUGCAGGGACUCCAAGGCCCCAAUUGAGCAGUUGCUUCCUUGUGUGCAUGAAAGAUGAUAGUAUUGAAGGAAUAUAUGAUACCUUGAAGGAAUGUGCUGUGAUCAGCAAAUCAGCUGGAGGAAUUGGUGUUUCUGUUCAUAAUAUUCGUGCCACUAGUAGCUAUAUUCGUGGUACAAAUGGGACAUCCAAUGGUAUUGUCCCAAUGCUGCGUGUGUUUAAUGACACUGCACGCUAUGUUGAUCAAGGAGGAGGCAAGAGGAAGGGCGCAUUUGCUGUGUAUUUGGAGCCAUGGCAUGCUGAUGUCUUUGAGUUUCUAGAUCUCAGAAAGAACCAUGGAAAGGAAGAACAUCGAGCAAGGGAUCUAUUUUAUGCUCUUUGGAUUCCCGAUCUCUUUAUGGAAAGAGUUCAAAGUGAUGGGCAAUGGUCCUUGUUUUGCCCCAAUGAGGCUCCUGGGCUGUCAGACUGUUGGGGCGAGGAGUUUGAAAGAUUGUAUACUAAAUAUGAGAGGGAGGGUAAAGCAAAGAAGGUUGUCUCUGCACACAGUCUGUGGUUUGAGAUUCUGAAAGCACAGAUUGAAACUGGAACUCCUUAUAUGCUUUUCAAGGAUACUUGCAACAGAAAAAGUAACCAACAAAAUCUGGGGACUAUCAAAUCUUCAAACCUGUGCACUGAGGUUAUUGAGUAUACGAGCCCGACAGAAACUGCAGUUUGCAAUUUGGCAUCGAUUGCUUUACCCCGAUUUGUUAGAGAGAAGGGUAUUCCAGUGGAAUCACAGCCAUCUAAGCUGGUUGGAAGCAGGGGGUCUAAGAACAGAUAUUUUGACUUUGACAAGUUGGCAGAGGUUACUUCUCUAGUUACAUCAAAUCUCAACAAAAUUAUUGAUGUAAACUACUAUCCUGUUGAAACUGCUAAGAGGUCAAACUUGCGGCAUAGGCCAAUUGGGAUUGGAGUUCAGGGUCUUGCUGAUACCUUCAUCCUGCUUGGCAUGCCAUUUGAUUCACCAGAGGCUCAACAAUUGAAUAAAGACAUCUUUGAGACCAUAUACUAUCAUGCUCUUAAAGCUUCUGCAGAGCUAGCGGCAAAAGAAGGCCCUUAUGAAACAUAUCAUGGGAGUCCAAUAAGCAAGGGAAUUCUUCAGCCGGAUAUGUGGAAUGUAACACCAUCAGAUCGCUGGGAUUGGCCUGCUCUUAGAGAAAUGAUCUCCAAUAAUGGAGUUAGAAAUUCUCUUCUUAUAGCACCAAUGCCCACUGCUUCAACUAGCCAGGUUCUUGGCAACAAUGAAUGCUUUGAGCCGUACACUUCUAACAUCUACAGCCGCAGAGUACUGAGUGGUGAAUUUGUUGUUGUGAACAAACACCUUCUUCAUGAUUUAACUGAGAUGGGGCUUUGGUCUCAUAGUCUCAAAAACAAAAUAAUUUACGAGAAUGGUUCUGUUCUGAAAGUCCCAGAGAUUCCCGAUGAUCUUAAGGCUAUUUACAGGACCGUGUGGGAGAUCAAGCAAAGGACAUUGGUGGACAUGGCUGUUGAUCGUGGGUGUUAUAUAGAUCAGAGUCAGAGCUUGAAUAUCCACAUGGACCAACCUAAUUUUGGCAAGCUCACUUCCUUGCACUUCUAUGCCUGGUCAAAGGGUUUAAAAACUGGAAUGUAUUACCUGCGAUCACGUGCUGCAGCAGAUGCCAUCAAGUUCACUGUUGAUACCUCCCUUCUCAAGGAAAAGGGCAAGCCAGAGCAUGAUGAUAAUGCUGGCAUGGCACAAAUGGUCUGUUCUCUGGAAAACAGAGAUGCUUGUAUGUCUUGUGGAAGUUAAGCUUAAUUUUGUACAUAGUAUGAGUGAGAAUGCAAAACAUAGGCCAAGGCCCAAGGAGAUUUGGCUCAGCUCUCUUUACAGUUUACAGGACAGUGGGAACACUGGGAAGUGUUUGCGAAAAGGUUGGGAGAUGAGAUCCAAGGCCCAUCUUAUCAAAUACUAUAGUUAAACUUUCUUUGUAUAGUCUGAAUCCCUUGAACUGGGGUGAUGGUGAUAUGUACCCGUUGUGUAUUUGUGUUUGCUUUUACUGGACCCAUAAUGUCUACAUGAGCAAUAUUAAUGAAAGUGGUGCAUUUGCUAGUAU